AUGAUUCAGCAGUCAGCAGAUGCCUCCCAACAACAGUUCGUAUUCGUCGGGGGCCCCGUCCUCAAGAAGGAAGCCAGCCGUCUGCGGUCAACUCUCGUGAGACAGGCGCUCGCCCAGAAACGAUCGCAAAGAUGGCAGGAUGCGGCGAACAAGUUGGAUUCAAUGUUAGCUUCAAGGCGGGAAGACAAGAGCAUCGACCAAUGCACAUGCCGCUCGACAGCAGCCGGCGAGGGUUUGAAGAAACCAUAUCCUGAUUUGCUGACGGUUGACGGCUCUCGGCUCCCCGUAUUGAUCAAUGAUCCCAGGAACACCGACCAACGGCCUCGGCUCCUUCCGGCCCAAUUGAAUUGUUGCUUGACGUGCGGACGGCUCCAGCAACCGUCUCCAGAUGGGUCCCACGGCCAGCUGCGGAGUUAUCCCAACCCUACAUUGCUCGGCGCAUAUCGCUCGAAUCCCUUUCUACCCAUGGAUGCUACUGCCGCUAAGCUCAAAGCAACCGAGCUGCUGGAUUUUGCCGCGACUACAAUCUGGCCGCAUUUUCGGCCCGUGGACUACACUGGAAAUGGGUAUCGGUCAUGGGCUUUUCCGAUGGAGGACAGGAUGCAAUUAUAUGCUGUCUUAUACGCAGCAUCGUGCCACCGGGAUGUGCUCCGCAUCACGUAUGGUGCGGAAGAUCCCAUCUUAGACUCCAAGGAACGGAUGGAGAUCAGAGGGCUGGCCCUUCGGACGUUGCGCAUGCAGGUCGCUAAACUAUCUGAACUCACAUCUCCAACAACCCGCCUUGACGGAGUCAUAAUGUGUAUACUGUACCUGGCAGUACAUGAACUUCAUAAGGGGAAAAUGGCUCGUGAUCGUAGCUUGUUUACUCCUCCUUUCAGCCGCCUGCAGGCAUUAGAUGUUUAUGGCGGUGGGAUAUAUCAUCCGUUACAUUGGAACACAAUGCAGGAGAUAAUCCAACGAUCGGGUGGAAUUGAAAAAAUCGCGACUGCUCGGCUGAUUUGGCUGCUCAGUCUGUCUGACCUUUUCGGCGCUUUCCGGGUUAUCCGCAAGCCAAUCUAUCCGAUGAUGACUGUUGCAGGGAGGCCGUUGGCUCUGGAGCGUCCCGGGCUGCUGUUCCAACCACACGGAUACCAUGAUACUCGUUCAAUCCUUCUCUCGCCAGGCUUCGGAUUUCAGGUACUCUCUUCCAUCUGGCCGCCAGUGAAGCAGGAUAUAGCUGCGGUCUUCAUCCAUCUAGGCGAAUAUUCCGCCGUCGUCCAACACUACGCAAGCACUAAAUGCGACGACGUGGUUCUAGAUCUAUUAGGCGACAGCAGGAACCUCGUCCACCAUUGCCUACUCUCUCUACCAGACGAGAGCGGACCCUCUGAGCUCAUCUUCGAACUGCCGGAUUCUCAUCAGACCACGGAUACAGAAUCCGAGCAAAAUAAGCUAUCGCUUUUGCUCUCUCAGCAGAUAUACCACACCUGUCGUCUCAGCGCCCUGCUGUACGCAUUGCACAUUACAUUCCCGAUCCCCCAUUUUCGGGCGCCGGCGCAAUCUAUCCUCAGUGCCCUUGUACCGCGAAUUGAAUGGUUUCGUGCGCGCAAUGUCUCACAGCCGGUGCUUGUUUGGUGCCUGGCUGUAAUACUUAGUGUGCUAGGCGAGAACACCCCUGAAUUCGAGGGUUUGGUCUCAUAUAUGGUCUCAAUGGCUCGGGAGGAAGCGGCGGUCGACUCUGUGCCCACGCUUUUGGCAUUCCUUCGAUCCUUUGCCUGGGUGGAUGCAGCCGUAGGAGAUGACUGGACAAAUCUGUGGGAGAGGAUAUUUCAUCGAGGGAAUACUAGAUUUCAUCAUAAAUAG